AUGCGUCCCUUCAGCGUCUUCCUCCUUGCCAGCGCCAACGUCGCCGUUCAUGCACUGCCUGUCGCCAAUCCCUAUGGCCUAAGUGCCACCGAAACCGGCAGCGUGUCCGAGCUCCAGAGCCGCACACCAGAGGAUUGCUAUGGAAGCUGCGUCACUUACGUAACCAAGUUCGACGAGGGCGAGAGUGCUGAGGAGGAGUCAACUGAGGAUGACAGCACCCAGCUCGAAAAUCGCCAGACAGAGUGCUAUGGAAGCUGCGUUACCUACGUGACCAAGGUGGCCAUGGGUGAGAGUGACGAGGAGAGCACUGAGGAGGAAAGUACCGAACUCGAGAGGCGCCAGACAGAAUGCUCUGCAAGCUGCGCCAAUAGCAUCCAGACAGAGUGCUAUGAAAGCUGCGUCGCCUCUGCCUAA